GGCGGGCCUCAGUUUCCCCGGGCCGGGCCCGAGGGCACGGGCCACGGAUUCUUUAAGUUGCCGGGGGAAGGGAAGGGCUUCUCGCCCCGGACCACCCCGCCCACACCCAAACAUCAUCACCACCACCACCUCCCGGGGCCUAGUGCAGCCGCGGCCGGCAGUUUCCAUGGGAACCCCGACUAGGCCCGCGGGGAGAAUAGCGGACCAGGCGCCUCCGCAAAGCCGAACGGAGCCGCGGGCGCCGCGGGCUCCGGAGCUCCCUGGGCGUCGCUGCCGCUUGCCUGCCGCCCGCCUCCUCGCCCGCAGCUCAGAGCGUCCGGCCGGGCCGGACCCCGAACUUGGACUUGCGACUCCCGGAGCCACUGGGCGAGCAGCCUCCAGCACGGACAGCUCCCGCCGGGCCGAGAAGAAUGGUCACUCAGAUAAUUAGCACAAUGGAGACUCAGGUGUCCAGCGGCCCCCCCAGCACGGCCCUCCCCAACGGGCCCCUCAUCAGCACCAACGGUGCCACCGACGACAGCAAAACCAACCUCAUCGUCAACUACCUGCCCCAGAACAUGACUCAGGAAGAGUUCAAAAGCCUCUUUGGCAGCAUUGGGGAGAUCGAGUCCUGCAAGCUGGUCCGGGACAAGAUUACAGGUCAGAGUCUGGGGUAUGGCUUUGUGAACUAUGUGGACCCCAAUGACGCUGACAAAGCAAUCAACACCCUCAAUGGGCUCAAGCUGCAGACCAAAACCAUCAAGGUGUCCUAUGCCCGGCCCAGCUCAGCCUCCAUCCGUGAUGCUAACCUCUAUGUCAGUGGCCUUCCAAAGACCAUGAGCCAGAAGGAGAUGGAACAGCUUUUCUCCCAGUAUGGCCGCAUCAUCACCUCCCGCAUCCUUGUGGACCAGGUCACAGGAGUCUCCCGGGGAGUCGGGUUCAUCCGUUUCGAUAAGAGGAUAGAGGCAGAAGAAGCUAUUAAGGGGCUCAAUGGGCAGAAGCCUUUGGGGGCCAGUGAGCCCAUCACAGUCAAGUUUGCCAACAAUCCCAGUCAGAAGACAGGUCAGGCACUGCUCACCCACCUGUACCAGACCACCGCCCGGCGAUACACGGGGCCCUUGCACCACCAGACGCAGAGAUUCAGACUGGACAAUUUGCUAAACAUGGCGUACGGUGUGAAGAGUCCUCUGUCCUUAAUCACCAGGUUCUCUCCCAUCACCAUCGACAGCAUGACCAGUCUAGCGGGGGUCAAUCUCACUGGGGCCUCCAGCGCGGGCUGGUGCAUCUUCGUGUACAACCUGUCCCCGGAGGCAGAUGAGAGCGUGCUGUGGCAGCUGUUUGGACCCUUCGGAGCCGUCACCAACGUCAAGGUGAUCCGUGACUUCACCACUAACAAGUGCAAGGGCUUCGGCUUCGUCACCAUGACCAACUACGACGAGGCAGCCAUGGCCAUCGCCAGCCUCAACGGCUACCGCCUGGGUGAUCGCAUCCUGCAGGUCUCCUUCAAGACCAGCAAGCAGCACAAGGCGUUCAGGGGCGGCCGCUGAGAAAAGAUCCGGCCCCUGCUGCUCUUUUGCGGACCCGUGUGGCCUACCCCCGGGGUCCGGAAAGGCCCCGUGCCCCUCCAGCUAGAGACCGCAUCAACCUCCUCACUCUCCAGAGCUAACUCCUGUCCCCCAAGCCGCUCCCUGUUGUCCAAGGAAAAAUGGUUGCCCAAAUGCCUCUCCAAAGAACUGGAUGACAGACCCGCCCCUCCUCCCUCCCCCCACCACACUAGGGAAUCCCAGCCUCUACCCUGGGCCUGCUCCCUCUCCAUGGCAAAAAUCCCAAAAUGGGAAGUCCCCGCUGAGGGAAGGGGAGGCGUUGGUUCUCUGGAUUUCUGGAUGCUGGGGUGGGGGGCUGGGGCCACCCUUGGUCCAUCCCUUUGAUUUGCUCGGUUUGUUUUUCCCCCCAAAAAACGCUGGAUGAGAAAAGAGGGAAAGCAAAACCAGCAACCGACCCCCAACUUCAACCAAACGCGCAAGGGCUGUGGUCGCUCACGCUCAUUCGAAGUGUCACCUUCCGAUUGAUUUCCGUUCAUGGAUCUGUCUGGAAUAAGCGCAUCGCUAGCGUUUCUUUUUUUUAAUUCGUUUGUUUGACAAAGCAAACUGCCGAAAGCACCCCCUCCCCACGCACAUACACACCUCCCUUCCACCCAGUCCUCCCCAGUCUCUUAUCGGUUUUGCUUUCUGAAAACAAAGAGCAAGAAAGAGUAAGGAAACCUUUAGCAUUAGUUCCAGUUUGCCUCGUUUACUGAGUUAGACGUUAGUUUAGGGUUUCUUGGUUCGGAUGCUAUGUGUGCUCACUUGUGUUUGUGGAGCUUCUGCUGCAAGAAAAAAAAAAAUAACAAAAACCAACAAAAAAAAAAAAGACAAAACUGGCACCAUUAACUCUUGUACCUUUUUGCGGAUUUUAGCUUCUUGUAGUUUAACUUAUUGUUAACUUAAAUAUUUAUUAUUCCUGCCUUGUAAGAGUACAUUUGUGUAUAUUUAUGUUAUUUCAUCCUAUUUGCAAGUUACAGGAAAUAUUUUUUAAUUUGCUGAAAAGUGGUUAUGCCUAAUUUAUUUAUAAAAGGGAACAAACUCAUUAAAUAAUAAUAAAAAUGAUGAUAAUAAUAAGAAUAAUUAAGAAACGCCUGAGGGAGGCUCUCCAUAGGGGCAAAGUGCACUGAGAACAAAGAAAACACACACACACACACUCAAAAGAGAAUUUUUUCAGAGAACAAGAUGGCGUGUAGUUCACCAACUAUCUAGACAGUUUUUUUGUGGGUUUAGAUGUUACAUGAUUACUUUGGUCUUGUUGAGAACUUUUUUCCACUCAUUCUCUUAGCUGGUAAAGAUUUUAGCUUGUUGUUUAUCGACAUGGAUCUAUUUAUUCUUGUGAUUUUUGUAGCCCCUCGCUCCCCCCUCCCCGUCCCAUCUCCCCGAGCUGAGCAAAUGAGCGGGAGAUGUGAGGUCCCCCACCCCGUCCCCUUCCAACAGUACCUGUUCUUUUCUCUCCACUGGUCCUGGACCCCCUCCCUUCCCCCCCCCCCCCCCCCCCCAGUCUCUAUUUUUGGAGAGAAGCCCCAGUCUCUUGGGGCGCUUUCCCUCUGACCCCUGACCCACGGAGCGCCCCGCGGUACACGGGCGCUUCCGUGGCUGGAGAGUCUUCUCAGAGCAAU